AGAAGUACCAGGAGUCGCGGAGUUCGGGAGUUAUACUUUCUGCUGAAAAGAGGUGGGUGCUGAAGCAGAUAUUAUAGAAAAUGUUUAUUUUUGCAAGCUUUGGUGCUCACACCGUCGUGCAUCAUGAUGCGUGACGGUGAAUGUUAAACUCGAGUUCGCAUGUAGCCUGGUUGCUACUACGAGGGCUAGCUUGUGGCCAGUUUAGCCAGCAUCAAACAGUCCAUGCUAACGUGUGUUGUCAUGUAAGUAAAUAAGGGCCUGCUCUCUCUGUUGGAGCCAAGUUUAAAAGCUGCUAGUUAGGCUAUCCAUUUAAAUUAGAAAAUGAAGCCUAUUUUGAUGCCAGUACUGUUGUUUUUGUUUAUCCAGUGGUAUUUUUUCAUAUAAUUAAAUUUGUGUUUAACUGUAAUUGUCAUAGAUUUUUUUUUCACUAUGUGUGGUAGAAAUGGGACGCAUUAGUUGAAUUAUUCCAACAUUAUUUUGUUAAUGCAUUAGCAGUGCUAUAGGAAACGCCAAUAGUAAAAAUCUGAAAGUGCUGGUAUCAACAUAUUUUUUACCAAAUGUAGAAGAUAUUCAUGAUGCAUUAUGUCCUGCUUCACAAGUUGCCAAUUGUACUAAAAAAACAAGCCAGCCAGCCAAAUUGAAUAUGGCCUCUAAUUAUUUGAAAGAGUGGCGGAGAAAAAGAGCUAGGGAGGGUGAUUUCAUGGAUGAAUUUUUGAAUUGGAUUCAAGGUAAGGAUUUAUCAGGUUUAGCAGUGGUUUUUAAGUAGGGUGGGGGCUAUUUUAAAAUAGUGCAACAGCAUAUGAUUUUGUGUUUAACAGCCAAAGUUAAGCACCACACUCAUCAUCCAUUUAAUGUCUCGUUCUCGGAUUUUGCAGCGAGGAAGAGGGUUUAUUCCUACCCAAUGCCUGAGAAAAGUAAGAGUGGCAUAACUACAGUACAAAAUGUUGUUAAGUAAUGUAUUCUAAUUAUUGAAUUGAAUGUUACUAAAUCAUAUCUUUUCACCAAGAGUUCCAGCGGGUGGUCGUGGAAACACUUUUGGAAAUCUGCGAUGAAUUGAAAUCGCUCAACCAGCAGGGGGACAUUGAAGAUGAGGGUGAGCAGAUACGUCAGUUGCCGUUAUGGACUUUUGGAGGAGGCUCAGCGCAUGUCGUUGGAAAUCAGUAGGCACCCCAGCAUAAAACGUUUUCUUGUAAGUCAAAUAGAGAUGCUAAAAAAGAUAGAAAUCUAUACAUUAGACACUCUUGAUAAUUUGAUUAUAUCAUACAGAUAAAACAACUGUCACACCUUGGGGGGAAGGACAUCAAGACCUGCACACGCAGGAUCCUGGACAGGUAUGAAUAUGACAGCAAGACAAUGUUAUUAAUAUAAUCAUGUAUUGUUGGUGUUUAUCAAGUCUUUUUAGUGAAUUGCAAGAGUAAGCAGUAUUAAGGUGCGUUCACACAGGCACUUGCGCAACGGCAGCAAGGGUUUCUCUGACGUUUUAGGGACUUGUUCUGCAAAUAAAGAGCAGCGCUGGACAUGGUAUCCGACGAGAUCAAGGGGAAACCUAGCGCGGGUGUGACGUAAUGCGCAACGCGAAUUGACGGUGGCAAAGUGACACGUUUUAGGACACAAGACAGGACAAGUUGCGUUGCCUGUCCGGUGUGAACUCACCUUAAGAGAUUUAUUUGUCUUUGAUAUCCAUUUCAGAAUUUUACACAAUGACGUGCAGAGGAAGUACAACCUCCUGGGUGGAGGACGCCAGGGGAAAAAAAGCUUCAAGAAAACUGCUUUCUUCACAGUUGUUCUUGGUAAAUGAAUUAUAUCUCUGCAAGUUAUUACUUAUUUUUGGUCAUGUUACUGACUCAUUUAAAGCCUGAAGCUGUAAAAAAGUGAAGAAUUCUUCCGGACAAUACUAGAUAAUUUCUACACUUACUAUGAUUUUAGUUUCUUUUGUUUUUUUUCUUUUCGCAGAGUCUGUUCGCACUAACUUCCCGACAGCAACAGAGGAACUGGUCGCAGCAUCGAUUGGGGACCAUUUGAAACAGGCACCAGCUCGACGUGGUGGGAGGGGCACCACCAGAACAUCACCCGGCUAAUUUUAAAAAAUAUAUAUAUCUCUUAAAAUUGUUAAUAUUAAUAGUUCAUUUCAGUAUUAGUAUUAGUUGAAUUUUCUUUAUGUUGUUGUUCUUGUUCUUUAUACUUUGUAGCUAUGUUUCUAUAUAGAUAAAUAGAUUUUUUUUCUUUUUUUAAAUGUUCGUUUUACUAGAUGUGAAAUUAAAAAAUUGUUUUUCCCACUCCAUGACUGUAAUGGUUAUAUUCUGAGUAAAAAUGUACUGUGAUUUCAAUUACAGUGGACUGAUGGUUGCCAAAUGUAGAUCAGUGUUAAAUUAUGAAUGAGCAUGACUGUAGAAGCUAAAUAUUCUAAAAGGUCCAGAAAGAGAAACAACAUUGCCAAAAUAGAACAUCCUGGGAGUAUGCGUAUCGAGGUAAGCAGCAGGUAACUUUUGGUGUAGAGAAUCUGGCUCCACAGAUGGUGUUUCCUGUGUAUACUUUAAUCAAUGUGCAUCCAAAAAAAAAAUUAAAAGGCAAUAAAACUUUAAGUUAUUAUGAAAAAUAAUGUUUGUAAACUUAUAGAGAAAAGAAGUUUUUGCACAAGACUCUUCAAUCAUGUUUGAAGUCUGGCUCGGUGAUGAUGUGUCUACAGCUGCAGGUUUGAGUGCGAUAAAGUAGAAGCUGACUUUUCUAUAUACAUAUUCACAGUGACUCCUGAUGAAGACAUGAUCAAACUAGAGGGUAUAAGCGAACUAAGCACCUGCUUAGGGCCCCGAGCCCAAUAGGGGGCCCCCAAGAGCAAUAAAAAAAAUCAUAUUUUUGCAGGUACAAGUGAUGCUUUCUGUAUGAUCAAAUAAAUAUUAAAAAA